AUGGUGAAAUAUUCACAAUUAAAUGGAAUACUUUCGAGUACAAAUUUUCAAAACGAUUGGGACCGAUUUACGCUUAUAUUUCGGCAUAUUAUGGAACAAGUAAAAAGAUUUACAAUAACUGAAGAAAAACAACAUUUGACCAUUUAUCAGAUAAAUCAUUUUAAAAUGAUUUGUCAAUUUAUUAGUAUUGACAAUUUCUUCGUCGUCAAUGUGCGCAUAGGUGAAUAUACUGGACAAAUCAAGGUGAACAUCAACGAAUAUUAUAAUAAACAGAAACAAAAAAUUGUCAAAUUAUCAAAGUUAAUUGAUUAUUUGAGCAAUAAAAUCAAUACUGUUCUUCGUGAUGGUGAACAUUUCAAUGCUAAUCAUUCUGUUCAAUAUCCAAAGCAAUCAAAUGUUCCACAACAACAAAUAUCUAGUAUUUCAUCAAUUGGAUCUUAUUCACCUAAUUAUGAUACAACACAAGCAACUCCUCCAUCUAUGCAAUUACAACAAACUCCAUUUAAUUAUCAUCUUGCUAAUAGACCAAGUAUGAUUCAAGCAGCUGCAGCUAUUGAUCAAUCUCAAAAUAUGGUGAUGCCAUUAGCUGGUUCUAUAGGAGGACCUACUACUCUAGGUCUAUCUUCAUUUCAUGAUACAGAAGUUUAUCCAGAUUCACGUACGUAUGGUUCAUUAGCAUCAGCAACCGUUGAUUCACCAAGUUUUUAUCCUAACUGGCUAUUAGUUCAACCACAUCUUCAAAAUCAACAACAACAACAUCAGCCAAGAAAUCAACAACGUGGUUAUGGUAAUGGACAAAAUAUUCUAUCUCAACAAACUUCAUCACUUGAUGAUUCAAAUAAUACUAGUCGAUCAACAUUAACCUCAUAUCAAUGGGGUGCUAAUUAUGGUGGUGCUCCACCACUUAUACCUCAAUAUAGAUCGGAUGAUGCUAUACCAACUACUGAUACUUAUGAAACAUCCGCUAGAC